AAACCGGUGCUGCCUUUUCUGAUUUGAAAUCUUGCCUAUAUCGAGAACGAGAUGUCUGCCAAUGAGAAUGCUGCCCGUCUCAACAGGUUCAAGAAUAAGGGAAAGGAUUCUAAUGAAAUGAGGAGGCGGCGGGUGGAAGUCAACGUGGAGCUGAGAAAAGCCAAAAAAGACGAUCAGAUGCUUAAAAGAAGAAAUGUUAGCACUUUUCCUGAUGAUGCCACAUCCCCUCUACAGGAGAACAACCGGAACAAUCAAGCCACUGUCCACUGGUCUGUUGAAGAAAUAGUUAAAGGCAUCAACAGCAAUAAUGUGGAAUGCCAGCUGCAGGCAACACAGGCUGCCAGGAAGCUCCUAUCCCGAGAAAAGCAGCCUCCUAUAGACCAGAUAAUCAGAGCUGGCUUGAUCUCAAAGCUUGUGACCUUCUUGGGAAGAGUCGAUUGCAGCCCUAUUCAGUUUGAAUCUGCUUGGGCCUUGACCAACAUUGCCUCUGGCACAUCAGAGCAGACUAAAGCUGUCGUAGAUGGUGGAGCAAUACCUGCCUUUAUUUCCUUGCUGGCUUCCCCCCAUAUGCACAUCAGUGAGCAAGCUGUAUGGGCUUUAGGAAAUAUUGCAGGUGAUGGUUCUGCCUACAGAGACCUGGUCAUUAAAUAUGGUGCACUCGAACCGCUUUUGGCUCUGCUUGCUGUUCCCGAUCUCUCUUCUAUCGCUCUUGGCUUCCUGCGCAACGUAACCUGGACUCUGUCAAACCUCUGCCGUAACAAGAACCCCGCACCGCCCAUAGAAGCUAUUGAACAGAUCCUUCCUACUUUGGUUCGCUUGCUGCACCACCAUGACCAUGAAGUCUUGGCAGAUACGUGCUGGGCUAUUUCUUACUUGACUGAUGGCUCGAAUGACAGGAUUGAAGUGGUGGUGAAAACAGGGCUCGUGCCGCAGCUGGUGAAGCUCUUGGGAUGUGGAGAAAUUCCCAUAAUGACGCCUUCAUUAAGAGCCAUAGGAAACAUUGUCACAGGCACUGAUGAACAGACGCAGAUUGUAAUAGAUUCAGGAGCACUCGCUGUCUUCCCCAGCCUGCUUACUCACCACAAAAACAACAUCCAGAAAGAAGCGGCAUGGACCAUGUCUAACAUCACUGCCGGCCGGCAGGACCAGAUCCAGAAAGUUGUGGACCACGGGCUUGUCCAAUAUCUUGUUGGCAUAUUGACAAAGGGAGACUUCAAAUCUCAAAAAGAAGCGGUGUGGGCUGUGACCAACUUCACAAGUGGUGGAACAAUUGGCCAGAUCAUAUACCUUGUUCAGGCUGGUGUGGUGGAACCACUGUUGAACCUGUUGGUGGUUAAGGAUAGCAAAACCAUCCUAGUGAUCCUGGAUGCCAUUAAUAAUAUAUUUGCGGCAGCUGAGAAGAUAGGCGAGACCGAAAAGCUUUGCCUCAUGGUUGAAGAGUAUGGUGGCUUGGAUAAGAUUGAAGCUCUGCAGUCCCAUGAAAAUGAGCAGGUGUACAAGUCUGCGGCAAACCUGAUUGAAAAGUAUUUCUCGGCAGAGGAAGGAGAAGAUGAGAGUGUCGUCCCGGAAUCCAGCACUGAUGCAUACAAUUUCCAGAUUCAGGACACUUCCAAUGCGUUCAACUUCUAGCUGUUCUGUGUGACACAGCAUCCAACCUCUCUAAUCUGUCUUGUCUGUCUCCUUCAUCUUGUUUUUACUGCCUUUCUUUUUUUUUCUACGUGAAAUGUGAAGUAGCACUUCGUUACAACUGAAAUGUACUUGAACAGUUCAUGGCAGAGUGUUUAUGCUUUGUGAACUGGACAACUGUCUUCCUCUACCUGUUUUUUAUGUAUAAUUGUAAAUUCUUUAGUUC